UCUAAGAGUCUUUAGAUUAAUUGAAGCCGCGGGAACAAACCAAGUUUAGGUUUCAGUGAUUUCAUAGCAGACGGGUCGGGUGGUGGGUGUUUCAAGGCGUGUCCCAGGCUAUUCCAGCUUGGUUCGCAGCUCCUUCUCCAAUGCAACGACCAUGACACCAAGAGUUUCGUUUCCAAGCACUGAUUCUACUAAUCUUCCAGCUGCCCCAAUUACUCAUCUUCCAUUCCGACGAAUCUCACUACCAAGUGUACCAAGCUCGAACCUUUUAUCCGCCCAACACCGUCAAUCCGUCGCCAGUUUUGCAUCAUUUGAUUCUUUGCCCGAGGAGCCGGUCAUCAGGCGCCCCAAACGUCGUUCACUUAACCGCAAACAUUCCAGGACACCUAAUACACCAGCAGAUAUAGCACGAGAGGCAAAACGAACAAAGGUAAUAAGAGAGUUUUGGGAUACAGAAAGAAGUUAUGUGCAGGGACUGGAUCUCGUGCAUGAUCACUUUUUGACACCGAUCAUAGUGUCGCUCGAAAGUCCCCGUCCGCUUCUUACACGCACGGAAUUGAAUACCGUUUUCUCAAAUUUUAUUGACAUUUGGAACUUUCAUCAUGCAUUUUUUAGUGCGCUAACUGCGCUGCUGUAUCCCUCUGUGUCUCACCUUGAUGUUCCACAUCCGUCUCCAAAUCCCAACCCAGCACCCCUUUCGGCACUUCUUCUUUCGCAUUUUCCUUACCUAUCUCUCUACACCCCAUUUAUAACCACAUUUCCAACUUCUAUAUCCUUCCUUGCCCGUCCACCUGCGCCAUUUGCCACAUUCAUACGAACCCAAGAACGUGAUCCACGCUGCGGGCAGCUAAAACUCACGGAUUGGCUCUUGAGCAUCGUCCAAAGGUGCCCAAGGUAUGUGUUGUUGCUCAGGGAAUUGAUAAACGUAGAAAAACGAGAAAAGGAAGGAGAGGGAGAGUGGGAUAGACUAGGGAAGGUCCUUACCCUCGUUGAGAAAGUAACGUCAUCCCUCAAUGCAUCUCUUAACGCGCACGCGCACACACUCGCGCUCCUCGCACUACAACGCGCUACCCUCGGCCUCCCGCCUACCCUACACUUCGUCCAGCCAGGCCGCACCUUAAUCUUCCGCACUCCUCUCGUGAUAGACUCUGGCGGUGUGGCCAUAGAAGGCCCAGCUAUAGGAAGAGGCAGGCGAGAUCGCAUAUGCGAAUUUCUACUAUUCGACGACAUAUUGGUAUGGCUAGACUUCGAACCGUCCACUCUGCGUGAUUCCCACUGGUUCACUCUUGCCGCGGAUGCUACCGCUAGCGACGAGCGGCAUACAUACACGUACAAGAACCAUCUAUCCCUCGUCGAUGUCGAGGCGGUGCUCGAUCCGUCACAUCACCCGCCCCGACUGGAGGUGUUGAGCCGUGGAGGCUCGUUCGCAGUAUAUGCGGUCCCUUCGCAGUCCCCGUCACCGAAGCGUCUUUCGUCCUCUGCUUCGGAAUCUGCAUUGACCACUCGUCGUAUAACUCCAUUAACCUCGACAUCGAACGAUACUACUCUGCAUACUUUUCUCCAUCUUUUACGCCAGGCCCGAUCUUCGCUUCUGGCACGCGAUCCGUCGGUUGCGCUCCGGGGUGUUAGGAUGCGUGGCGUGUUGUGGGCGCAAGCAUAUGAACCUGAGGAGGGUGAUGAACGUGUGUCUCAGAUCCAAGGACCCGAAGAGCCUACUCCGGAUACCCAACAGCAGAAACUCCCCGAUUCAGCAUCUCAGCAGGCACCAAAUAUAACAACUCCAAAUCACAUAGAAGGGCUUCCUCCCUCAGCCCGACCCCAACGCGCAUCCUUGCCAUUCCUACCCCCGGUCUGGGUCCCAGAUGCAAAGACAGACACAUGUAUGCGGUGUGCACGCCCGUUUGGGUUUGUGAAGUUUACGGUGCCUCUUGCGAUGUCUGUGUCUUUCUCUUUGCCGUCGUUUCCCUCGUUUGAGUGGGGGAGGAGUGUCAGUCAAGAUGGAGGGGGGAAAGGCACGGACGAAGAAGGAUUGGGCGAGGGCGGCGAGGGAAGUGCACAGGCAGGUGGGAAUGGUGGGGGAGAAGGUAGAGCUGGAGGUGGUGAAGGGAUGUGGAGAAGACGGCAUCAUUGUAGGCUUUGUGGGAAGGUUGUGUGCGCUGAGUGUUCUGGACGGACAUUCUAUAUCACUGACCCAUCCUCCCAAUCCCCUUCUGGCAAAAACACCAAAGCGAAACCCGCACGCGCAUGCAACGAGUGCUACGAAGCUGCGUUUCCUCUCGUUCAUUCCAUCACCGGUGGUUCUAGUACUCCAUCCACUUUAUCAGCGAAUCCGUCUUCACACCACACCGGUCCAUCCCCAACCCUCUUCGGUAUCCCAGCCUGGCUCUCUACGCCUAUCCCCACUGAAGGGAGUAGUAGUGCUGAUGCGUUGAUGGCGAUGACGUUGAGCCCUAGUAGGGGUCGGAUUGCGCUUGGUGCGAGUCCGUCAAGGAGGAGAUUGAGUUCUAGUGCGAGUAUGCGAGGGGUGGAGAGAAAUGUUGGCAUGAGCGCCAAUCCGUUGCAUGUUGGCCAUGCAUCUGGAAGAAACGCAAGCCCAGGACCAUCCAAAAGCGAGCUCAGCACAAGUCCAAGCAAGCGCGGGUUCACACCUAGUCCUGCCCGUAAUCUCCCGCAGAUCUCAUUAACUGAUGGCGAUUCCCCCUCGUUAUCUCCUACCACGCUCUCUCCUUCUUCCUCCCGAUUUACGGCUCAAGACGAUAUAUAUGAAGACGAAGACACAGACUCGCCGACUGUGCGCGUGCGUGAUAGAGACUCUUAUGCCAUCCCCACUUUAGACCAAGACUCUCAACACCAAGAAACCCCCUCAACCCUCCGCGCUCCUAUAUCCCGCCCGAUCCGUAUCCGCCAUUCCGCGCGCCCGCGCCCACGGAGCUACCACGAUAUAUUGGAGGAUUUCGAGGUUCAUGCGAGGGGUGGGAGCGUGGCUAGUUCUGUGGCGACUUCUUUGGGGGCUGUGGCUGAGGAACGGGCGUCGAGGAUUAAUGAUCGGAGAUACCAUGAGGAGGUGCAUGGCGUGCACCACGGCGAAGGGGGGGAGAUUCAUGAUGGGCUCCAGGAAGGGCAAGAUCACGACGAGAUAAGCCCAAGACAACCCCAAGAACGCGAUCCCUAUGCACACGAAAAUAGAGAAGAUACAGCCAGGAAGAAGAAACGGUUCUCAUUACCUGCGGUUGCGGUGCAGACGGUGCCUGUCGUAGCGCGCUCUGCUCCUGAUGGGAAUUCACAUGGUAGGUGGGGGAAGCGAUUUUCGCUUGUGCUCGGUGCGCGAACGAGGGGAAGGAAUGGAGAAAGGGAGAGUGGGAGUGAGAGGGAGGGGAGCAUGCACUCUUCUGUGUUGUCUUCUCGGGAUGAUCAAAAUGUACGUCCGCCUUCUCGAGGGGAUAAGGUUGGGAAGGGUGGUAGAGAGAGCUCGGCGGCGAGGGCGUUGAUGGAUGUGUUAAGAGGGAGGCUGGGGAAAGAGAGGGCGUGACGAGCAGGCAAAAGGCUAGUUUACGAUCAAGGACAAACACAUCUGUAAAUCUUAUCAUAGGCAUUGAACGCACUCGGCAUAUCAUGUUACCAAUGGGGAUCGGCGGUCAGCUAACAACGUUAUAUUUAUGGCGAUUAGAAAAAUCCCACCCAAGUCGAGAAAUUAAAGAGAUCUUUGCUGGAAGUCUGAUCAGUGCACGGGUAAUCUUUGUUGAACGUUGCAAUUGAACGUUGUAUCGACUGAUGCGGCCGAACAAUCAGUACUGUCGUAACUUGCUCGGGUCCAAACGUUUGGGAUUGAGCAGCCCUCCAGUGGUUCUGUAAACACGAACUUUGCGCAAAGCGCAAGUACCAGCCAAAGAAAAAUGUGCACCGUGACAGUAGCUCUUGGUUCAGAAACGCAUCGCACAAUGCG